CCUUGUUACUAUAGAUUCUACAUUGCCAUCCAGCCAUCCGGAAUGCCGGCAGCCAUUCCAAGUGAUCCAGGCUCACCGGCGGCUAAGACAGGGCGCCGGCGUGAUCAGGCCAAGAGGCCCCUUGAGGCCGAGGCCACCCCUGCCAGGUGCCGGCGGCGCACCGAGGCUGACGAGCCGCAUCAAGCCGGCAGAGCCACGCCGGUGCCAUUCCAUGUGCCAGACAGCAAGGCCGUGACCACAGAGCCUUUGUCUCCCAAAAAGGAGGCACAGAUUCGAACUGCUGGUGUAGAGUUCGAGCUGGCAUAUUCGGAGGAUUGGGUAGAUGUAUUUGAUAAGAAGUUGGAGCAGGCCCUCUGCGAAAUUGAGGAAGCCAGCAUACCUCAGGAGGAGCUAGUUGCAUUCAGCUUAACCAUCAUGGACGCUUUUGGCUCCACGCUGGUUUGCCUGGACAGCAGGGAGCUGGAAACCUCCGGGCUUCCAACGCGAGGCCUUUUCUCCGGAAGCCAGCCAGGGGUGUCCGCACACUUCCCACUGAAGGUCCGUUUGGGGCCAUCGAGCUCUGGCAUCGGCGGAGGUGCAAAUAGUGUCCAUGGCAAGGGGCCAAAGGCCGAGCUGCCAAUCAGCCCAGCGAGUCUUCUCGAACAGUUUCGCAGAAACCUGUGUCGCAAACCCUUGCGACUGGGCGGACCUGUGAGCCUUGCCAGAAUUGAAGAGCUCUGUGAAUUACUUGAAAUUGGAGAGGGGAGCCCCUCACAGGGGAUUGACGGUGGCUUCUCCGUGAAUUUUGUACCGGUGGUCCUUCAGGCCGGAACUCCUUCCCGGUAAGGGGCACCGACCCUUCGGACCAGUCCAAAACUCGACCUCGGCGCUGGAUUCCAGCAGCCCAUGCUGGUCAUCAUCACGCGGUACAUGACCAGUGAACCUUCAAAAAAAAGUCUUUUUGUUUGCCCUCCCGCGUAAAUUAGCAGACGUCGCUAAAGGACGUGCUGCCUUGCGCCAAGCUGGAUGUUGUCUUGUCGGCCGAUAGUGGUAGGCGGCUCAAGCUGACUCAAGGGCCAGU